AUGCGCCCACCAUCGCUCCUCCGCUGCUCCCGAUGCUGGCGCGGUCUAUCCACCUCGGUCUCGCUAAGUGCGAGGCAUCAAGACCACUACGCCGUCCUAAAGCUCCCACACAACGCAACAAAAGCGCAGAUCAAAGCGCGGUUCUACGAACUAUCCAAAAAAACGCACCCUGACGCGCCCGGUGGCUCCAGCACCGCCUUCCACACGAUCAACGACGCGUACGCUGUACUUGGUGACGACGCGCAACGGGUAGCAUAUGACCGGCAACACGUACCUCGGGCAAGCGGAAGUGGGGUUGGGGCAGGAUUCCACCCGCAUUCGCCGCAGGCGCGCCGGGCAGCGGGUCCGCAUAGGGCAUGGGAAGGAGGGCCGAUGGGGGAUGGGAGAGGGACGUGGGGCAAGGCGGCGCCAGGGCCGGCUUGGACUGGACGGAGGAAGGUGGAUCCGAAUUUGGGGUGGGGGAUGGGGAUGGGGGGGUCUAGCGGGCACAACUCCACAGGCGACCUAGGCGGCAUGCGCUGGGGCAAGAAGGAGAGUCCGCGAGAAAAGGCCAACCGCGAGAAGAGGUUUGGCGCCGCACGUCGAAAAGAAGAAAUCGAGGGUGAGAGUACCGGGGUGCGGCUGCUCGUCGUUGUCAUCCUCCUCUUCUGUAUCAUGGGAAUUGGGGGCGGCUUCUCGACGAGCAGUGCGGAGGUAGAAGAAGAAUUGGAUUAG